GGGAGGGGUAGAACAGGAGGGGGGGAGUAGAGAGGAGGUGUAGAGGCAGCGGAAGAGAAUGUGGAGGAAGUAGAUGAGUUGGAGGAGCAGAUAAGGGAGGUGUUUCUCAAAGGAUUGCUGCCAGAUGAGUCAGGGGAAGAUGAGGGACUAAAAGAGGAGAGUAUGGAAGAGGCAGAGGAAUCUGAAGAAGGGUGGUCAAAUGUGGCGAGCACCUCCUCUGUGGUACGGAGAGUAGAGUGGAGGACCCAGAAUAGUGUGACUAUAGUGAAAGAGAUGGGCAACAAGGAGAGAUGGAGGAGGGAGACGGUGGAUGUUUCAGACGAGGGAUUGAAAGAGGAUGAAGGAUGGUUAGAGGAGAGGAAGCGUAAGGCUUUGGAGGAAGGGUUGCCAGAGGGCUUGAGGAAAGGAGAGGAGAGAUAAGAGUGGAAAGGAGGAGGAAGAAGGUGACUAUAGUGACACAGGAUGAGAGUCUUCCAGAUGAACUAGAGAAGAAAGCAUCUGAGAGGUUGUCAAGGGACCAGAUAGGAGGCCACUUUUAUAAAGAAGGACAACUUAUGGUGAAAUUCAAUGAACUAUUUGCGGCAGAGAAGUUAGGGUUACCGGUAGUUACAAUUCAGCAGUGGCUCCAAGAACAGGAGUGUCAAGAACAGGAAAAGGUCAGGGAGAGAAAACAGGAGGAGAGAGUGGAACAGGGGAAGGUUUCAGGCAAGGGAUUGAUAGAGGUGAAAGGAGGUCUAGAGGAUAGAUGCGGCAGAUGUCGGAGGAAAGGGUGCCAGAGGGAGAGCAGACUGUGAAGAAAACAAGAAAACAGUGAGAAUAGUGGAAGAAAUGAGGAGACACAGAAGACACUCGAGGAAAAGUCAUCAGAGGACAUUUUAUCAGAGGAAAGGCUGGGAGAUGGUUUUUAUACAGAGGGGGAAGUUUUGGUGAAAUUCAGAAAGGAUGUGGAGAGGGUUCCCAUAGAGUCAGACAAAUGGAGAAGCCCCAAGAGAAGAAGAAGAAGAGGUCGUGGAAGUGAAUAUGCAGCAUCCCAGCCAGAAGACAAGGACGAUUGGGUUGUGCUGCUGGACAGCCUCCCACAUAGACUCUUUAUAAGCCUCCAGUCAUGCCAGUCGACUCCGCUCUGGUGCCUGUGGUCUCCACAAGAUUCUCUGUGGUGUUAGUAGACACGGUCGAGCAGAGAGCACCAGAGAGGGAAUGCAUUGAAGUGGAGGCCACACAGCAACAGCCUGAAAGGGGGUUGGUGGAAGGACGGAGACCGUGGCAAAUGCAGGAGAAUGAUUGGUGUAUGCUCUUGGACCUGGCUGAUCGUGUUCCUUCAGGUGUACCACCACACCAGUUUCAGCUUCUUUGCAAGAGCAAGUUCAGGUGUACGUAGAGGAAACCAUCUCUUCCAUGGUUAAAGUGAUGACAGUAGUGCAGAGAGAGGAGAGCAGGGUGACUGUAGUGGAGGAGAUGGAGUUACAGGAAGACCAGAGCCGUCUGGAACAGAAACCGUCACAGUCACAGAGAGAGAUGGAAGAUGACUGGGUUGUCCUGCUGGACAUUGUUCCCAGAGAACCAUCUGUGAUUCCGUCAGUUUCUCUGGCUGUUAGCGAUAGGGUAUACCCAGAGGUUGUGCCAGCCAAACAUCUGACCAUUGAGCCUGAACCAGGAGUGUUUGUGGUGGAAGCAGUCAGAUCCCUUCCUGAAGACGUUGCCCUGGAGGGUAAGGCAAACAACCGCAGAGAGAGCUGGAUGAUGAUUGGUUUUUGCAGCUGGAUGUUGCCCCUAAAAUAGCAGGUCCAGCCGCUCAGCCCAAACCCACAGUGGUGGUUGCUGAGGAGAAGAGACCGCUGUUUGAGAGGAGGGUUCUGGAGAAGAGACCAG